AUGGCUACCUUGACAACAAUUGGUAAUGUUGCAUCUGCAAUGGGACAAGUUGUCGAGAAGUUGAGCAAGAAUUUGGAGGAUCCAGUUCCAGCUGCUUCAGAAUUGGAAGAGAAGAAUGCCUUGGUUUUAGCCAUCGUUCCCAUUGGAUGGGAAUUGGCACUUGUCUCUGCUCCUAGUUCAAAUGAAAGUGCUACAACAGCUAGCAAACUGGAGGUAAAGUGGGGUGAGAAUAGCAUGAUAGAGGCAGAGAGACGUUUACUAGCGAAUGCAUUGCUUGAUUUCUCAAACCAACGAUUUGUACUACUCUCGGAGUCAUGCAUUCCUUUGUUUAAUUUCUCCACCAUCUACACUUAUCUAAUGAACUCAACCAAGACCUUUGUGGAAGCCUAUGAUCUACCAGGUGAUGUGGGGCGUGGAAGAUACAGCCCCAAAAUGAGGCCACAGGUUAAGCUUUCUCAGUGGAGAAAAGGGUCCCAAUGGUUUCAGAUAGACCGUGCACUUGCCAUUGGAAUAGUCUCUGAUAGGCAAUAUUUUCCUGUGUUCAAGAAGUAUUGCAACCCUGAAUACUAUAGUGAUGAGCACUACUUGCCCACAUUGGUGAGUAUCAAAUAUUGGAAGAGGAACUCUAAUAGAACUUUGACAUGGGUUGAUUGGUCAAGGGGUGGACCUCAUCUAUCAAGGUAUAUUAGACCACAUGUGACCUUUGAUUUUUUGGACAAGUUAAGGUAUGGAAGCUCAUGUGAAUACAAUGGACAGAGGACCAAUGUUUGUCAUUUGUUUGCAAGAAAAUUCACACCUCAUGCUUUGGAUAGAUUGCUGAGAUUUGCUCCAAAGAUAAUGCAAUUCAAUUGA